CAGGCUCAGUUGCCGUGCGACUGUCGAGAGACGCACUGGCGGUGCCGACGAACUCGCGACAGUUUCCCAGUUUCGGCCUCGCGUCAACCUGGUAUACGGGACUUUCUCUAGUUUUCCGUAAAAGCGGGCUCGUAAAAGGAAACUAGAUCGUUUGUUGUUGCCGCCGGGACGGUGACCCGCAGUGAAAAAGAAAAAAAAAGAGAGAGAAAAAGAAAUAGUUUUGUUCGACGGAACCAUCUUCGGUUCGAAGGGACGAAGAGGAAGAGGAGAAGGAGGAGGAGGAGGAGCAGGAGGAGGCGGUGACGGAGGAGGAGGAAGAGGACGAAGAGAAUCCCGAUUUAAAUCUCCGACCGCAGAAAGCCAUUAAUACCGUCAGGUGCACGCGGCUCACGCAUACGUACCACGGCGUAUCGCACAACACACACGGAUACACAUCCACCGCCCCGUGCGGGAAUGGAGUCUCAUCCCCGUUCGCGCAGUUGAGCGAUGAUCGCGCGCGAAUCGGCCGCGAGGAGCGCGUCGCCGUGUCUUUCGCCUGAUGCAUCGUCGGGCCGCGGAGUCAACGCUGGCGUAAGACCGCCGCCGGUCGUACCGUCACCAGCGUGUUGUACCCGCUCGCGGACGACGGACAGUUCCGGACGGUAGCGACCGACGACGACCUCCGGAGAAAAGAGUGGAGAGGAGUGGAAAGGAGAGGAGAGAAUCUCGGAGAGGAACUCGGUGUGUGCGUGAGUGAAGAAACGAUGCGGCGUGCGCCUUUACCGUCGCCGUCGCCGUCGCCGUCGCCGUCGCCGGUGCGACAUUCCUGCAGUGAAUUCGCCCGUGAUUAUUCGGAUGUGCGUGCGUGUGGUAUCGUGAGCCUGUGAGAAGCAGGUGGAGGUGGAGGAGGCUGCGUGAUAAAGGAAAAAAAAAAAUAUAUCUAUAUGUACACGUGAUACAUUAUUGACAAGUGCGUUUGUUCCUCGCCGCAUCGCUCCGCUUUUUCGGUCGACGUGUGUUUCUGCGUGCUGCCAACGAACGGCGAGUGUGCGAGAGGAAAAACAGUGUGAAAUUACUAUCCCGCGCGUGUGAAGUUACUCCGUGAAAACUCCGCCUCUCGCUCCGGCAGGUAGCCAUGGAUAGAAAGCCGAGAAUCAUCAGCCACCGCACGCGGAUCGCGAUAAUGAACCUAUUGCUGCUCUGCACCGCACCUGUCAGAGCGCGUUUCGACGAAACGCAGAUGGAUACGCACGAGGGCUCGACAGUGCAGUUGCAGUGCCGAUUUCCGCCGCCGCGGGAAAACGUUACGUGCUUCUGGCUAACUCAUACGAACAACAAUCUCGAUAACGCGGCGAUCGAGAACCGCUCGCUGUCGCCGAACUACAAGGUGUUUAUGGACCUGCAGCAAGGCCGUUACGAUCUACAGAUCAAGAACGUGUCCUAUGAACGCGACAACGGCAAGUACGAGUGCAGAGUGAAGGUCAGUAGCACCGGCAUCGAUCUUCACAGAAAGUACAUUACCCUGACGGUGCUGAGGGCGCCGGGCCCGCCGACGAUAUCACCGACCUCCGCACCGGCCACGGAGGGCCAGAGGCUGGAGCUUCAGUGCAACACCUACGGCGGCAGUCCCGAGCCGGAAGUAAGGUGGUAUCGCGGCAAUAGCUCUACGCUCCUGCACACCGGCAGGACUCUGAUAGUCGAACCCACGCGGGAGGAUGACCGGGCGAGCUUCCGAUGCGUCGUGAGAAACCGAGCGAUGCGCGAAGGCGAAACCCUGGACGCUUCGGUGACGCUCGACGUCAACUACUUCCCACGCGUGUCCGUCGGUCCAGAGAACCCGCUCAAGGUCGAGGUGAACGGCACCGCGACCCUCAAAUGCCACGUAGAUUCGAAGCCGAGAGUCGGCAUGGUACGCUGGUGGCGGGACGGAAGCUUCAUCGCCACGAACUUCGAGCAUGUGAUACCCAAGGUGACGCUGCAGGACGUCGGCAGGUAUACUUGCCAGGCGGACAAUGGGCUCGGCAGGCGUACCGAGGCCUCUCUCGUUCUGGACGUGCUCUAUCCCCCCACAGUGUCCAUCGAGGGUGACACCGUUAGAGUGGCCGAUGUGGAGGACAGUGUGACCGUCCACUGCAACGUGUCCGCUAAUCCAACCCCGUCCGUGAUCGAAUGGCUGCGAGAUGGUCGACCGGAGUUUAGACAGCCAGGUUCGAUCCUACGACUGACCCGUGUUACCGCGGAACACGCCGGCAACUACACGUGUCGCGCGGUGAAUACUAUUUAUCCCAGUGGCGGUGAACGCAGGAAUCAUUCGGCCUUCGCUACCGUGACGAUCCGAGUGCGACACAAGCCCGGCCCGGCCAGAGUGACUCCGGACUCGCCGGUCGCCGUCGAGGGUUCGCGAGUGAUACUAACGUGCAUGGCCAGUCCGGCCGGCUAUCCCGAGCCGCAAUACAAAUGGUGGAAGGAGGGCGACGGUGGCUUGAUCCUGAUGCCGGCACCAUCCGGUCCGAAGUACGAGAUCGACUCGGUGCAUCUCGGUAGCGAGGGCACCUACAAGUGCCACGCGAUAAACGAAAUCGGCAUCGGUGACGCCGCGUCCGUAAACCUCACUGUUCACCAACCGCCGAAAAUUCUCACCAAGCUGCAGCCUCAUGUCACGAAGCCUCAUGUCACGAGGAAAGUCGGCGAGUCGUCGUUUCAAGUAUCCUGCGUAGCGCAGGGCAAACCGCGGCCUAGCGUGCGCUGGCUGAAGGACGAUCAAGAAUUAACGGCCGACGAGAGGCUCUACAAAGUAAUUACGACGGCGUCGGAGGGCCAUGGUAGCGUAAUAACCGUAAAUUCCACGCUGAGUUUUCUGGGUCACGCUCGUCCGCAGACCGACGAAAUCGUGGCGGGCGAUCGCGGCAAGUACACCUGCGUCUUCGUGAAUGAGGUGAAGAAAGUCGAGUCCACGAUGAUGCUCAAGGUAGAGCACGAGCCCAUAGUUCUCCAUCAGCACGGCAAAGUGGCUUACAAUCUCCGAGAGACCGCCGAGGUGGCCUGCAAGGUUCAAGCAUGGCCAAAACCCGAAUUUCAAUGGAGCUUUGGUACUAACGCCGCGACUCUUCAGGGCUCUUCCAGUGACGGUCAUUACGAAAUCACCACCACGAGCGACAACUACGACGCGUACACGUCCGUCCUGAGAAUGAGCAACAUCCGCGAAUCCGAUUACGGUGAUUAUACUUGUCGUGCCGCUAACGCUCAAGGUAGCGUUAUGUCCACCAUCAGGUUGCAGCCUAAGGGAGCACCAGAGAGACCAACCAACAUCACCGCCAUGGAAAUCGGGCCCACAUACGUCACUCUUUUGUGGCAGUUGGGUUUCGACGGUGGCCUACCCAUCACAAAGUACUUUGUUUCGUACAGAAGAGUGGCCGGUGGAGACGAGAUAGUCGCGCCAGACUGCGCGCCUCCUCGAGGACCAGCCGGUCAAUGGCUCGAACUCGAUUGUCGGCGAUCGAACCCGUGUAACGUGAGCAAUCUGGAGCAACAUCAGACCUACACUUUCAAGGUGAAGGUCUACAACACCAAGAACCAUUCCGACUAUUCUGAUGAAGUGACCGCCACCACGGCGGUGGCCAAGAUACCCACGCCGCUUAGGGUCAGUUUCGAUCCGGAAAGUAGCACGCUCGCUAUUAACGUGGGUGCCACGUGCUUGGCAUUGGUGGCAUCUAUCGAGAAGUACGACGGAGGUUCGGAUAGUUCAUGGCGAAUUGUCGAUGAGUGGACCCUCGAAGUUCUUGGAAGUGCACCUACUCAAAGAGAGGGAAUAUUGGACGAUCCCGAAGCGGCCGAUUCGGAACCCCGACUGAGAGUUAGGUUGUGCCUCAAAGCUGACCGACAGAAAUGUGGCGAGUACGCGGAAGCCGAAAUUGGACCCUCUUACAUCGCACAAGCCGGUUCUCUCGGAACGCCGACUUUAAUCGCUCUGAUAGUGAGCGGAGCAGUUUUUCUACUCUUCGCGGCCUUACUGCUACUGUUUUGUCGAUGUCGACGGAAACACGCGACGAAGGCGAAAGAUUACGAAAUGGACUCGAACGCCGUCCGGCCGAGCCUUGUGGCAGGUAACGGCCAACAAACUCAACCACCGCCACCGUAUUAUGCCGAGAACAAAGCGUUGGAGCACAGCCUGGAUCACGCCUUGGCUUUGGAAGAUUCAAAGACGCCCGCUUAUUCGCAAUCUGGAUACGGCUAUCAUCAACCUAAUCACAAUAUCAAUGGCGUGAACAUGGGCUACAUGGACAACAGUUACUCGAAUUCCAACAACGGCGGUUCCGUCAAUUCGCAGGACUCGAUAUGGCAGAUGAAAUCCGCCGCGGCAAACGGUGUUAACCAGCCGUACGACCUUGCUGGAUACGGUACCACGGAGUCCGAUUACCCCACGCACCCUCAUUAUCUUCCGCAGCGAGAGGAUUACAGGGAAAGUCAUAAUCUGAGCAGGCAGCAGUUCUGCACGGAGCCUUUCGCCACCGUCGUCAAGUCUCAGAAACACGUCGAUUCGCCUUACGACGUGUCGGGUUUGCCGUACCAGGAGAAUUACGACGAGGACACGAAGCCGCCGCAACAGCCCAGUCUCUCGUACGACGAGAGCCUCGAGUCCGGCUACUCCACGCCGAACAGGCGUAGGAUCAUCCGGGAAAUAAUCGUUUGAGACCUGCCUACCGGCUCACGAGCCGGAAACACGCGUACCACCUGGCUAUAGCAGCAGGCCCCCUCCGUUUGCCAUACGG